AUGGCGGCGAUACAUGCUCCGAAGUUCGCUCGCAUUUUUACGUUAUAUCUUGUCUUGUAUUUGAUUUUAAACUUCCAAAAUACUGGUAAUCCUAGUGCUAACAAAGCUAGGUUUUUGUCUAUUGGAAGUGGAAGUGAUAUAAAGAUAUUUCCGAGGAGAAAUGAAGUCUUGGGCAGGCCAACGUAUGAUGCAAUUUGUAGGCAACCAGUAGAACGGAAAGUUAUAAAGGUAUUGAAAUUAAUGAAGAUGGAUCUUAUGGACUGGAAGUCUUGUAUUACUUGCUGGUGAUAUCUGUCCACAACCUGGCCCUGGAGCAACUAAUACUAUUUCAGAAAAAGUCGGCUUUGAUGUUAAAUCUAGAGGGUUAAAGAUAGCACACUUAAACAUCCGUAGCCUACCAAGUAAACUUGAUGAAUUGGUGGUAGGAAUGACUAAUAGCAAAUCGUUUGAUAUAUUGACAUUAUCUGAAACAUGGUUAAAUCCAGAUAUAUCUGAGGACGAGAUCAACAUCUCGGGCUAUUUGUGA